AUGUGUAGAUCAAUUUAUGCACCCCUUUUGCUAGUUCUUAGCCUGUGUUUGAUUAAUGGAUUGAGUUUUGGAGACCCCAAUUCUGAAUCAUCUUCUGAUAUGAAAGGGUUUUCAACCUCGACCCAUUUGGAACAACCUGAUGAGUCUUCUCACAUAGAUUUGAACAUUCUGGGUCUUUCCUUUUACGAUGCCAUGGGUCCCAACAACAAAAAUGUGAACUUGUACUACAAUAACCAAAAAGAUGGAGUUUAUCUGUCACCUGGUCAAGGUUAUUCCAAACUGGACAACACCAAUGGUCCUAAACCUGCUGUAAUGUAUUGGGAUGGGAACUGUAUUUCUUUCUUAGCAUAUGAUCCUAACACAGAAGGAGACCAUCAGAAGAUCUAUUGGAUGGUGAAAGAAGAUGGUAUUUACCAUAGCUGGGAUAACAGAUCCUGGCAGAAAAGAAAAGGUUGGACAUUCAAUCAUUGUUGA